CCCAUUUUUCUCUUAUUCCUGGACUAGGGUUAGGGAUUGUGGUUGUGCGAGGUACGUGGAUCGAUUGGGCGUGCGGCAACGGCGAGGCGGUAUCCUUGCGCUCUAGAUCUGGCGAUACGCGACGAUUUAGGCCCGGAUUCAUCACUGGAUCGUAGAGCGGGCGAUGAUAUAUCGCCAAUGGGACAGGAGGUGUUGAGCGAGAAUUGGGCCGAGGAAGAACGGCUGGCCGUGGUGCCUCUCGAGGGCGCUAGCGCUUCCACUCCAGAUGUGUCUGUUGGACUCAUGGGUGGGCGCUCCUCGGAUGUUUCUCCCGUGAAGCAUCAAAACUUUGGUCUGGAGGUUGAGAAGGAGAACGACGACUUCUUUGGGGGUUCUAGCAGUGGCAGCCGGAAUGGCAGCAGGGGUCUCGCUGGCCUCCAGAAUCUCGGGAACACUUGCUUCAUGAACAGUGCGCUCCAGUGCCUGGCUCACACUCCGGAGCUCGUGGAGUACUUCCUCCAGGAUUAUGAUGACGAGAUCAAUCCGGCGAACCCACUCGGGAUGGAGACAUGCAAAAGGACGCUGCAAUGGGGUUAUAGAUUGCUUUUUGCUACUGCCAGUCAGCUACCUAGGAUGGGCAACGGCGGAGUUAGGAGUAAGGGUGAACUGGCUGUGGCGUUUGGAGAGCUUAUAAGGAAGCUAUGGGCAGGAAGAGAAGUUGUCGUGCCGCGUCCGUUCAAAAACAAGCUUUCUCGAUUCGCUCCACAGUUUAGUGGAUACAAUCAACAUGAUUCGCAGGAGCUCCUGGCCUUUCUUCUGGAUGGACUGCACGAAGAUUUGAAUCGCGUAAAAUCAAAGCCAUAUAUUGAAGUUAAAGAUAUUGAUGGACGACCGGAUGGAGAGGUUGCAGAUGAGUACUGGGCAAUCCAUAAGGCGCGCAACAACUCGAUUAUUGUGGACCUUUUCCAGGGACAAUACAAAUCGACUUUGGUCUGCCCCGUUUGCGCGAAAGUAUCGGUUACAUUUGACCCCUUCAUGUAUCUAUCCUUGCCGUUACCAGAGAAACAACAACUGAUGAGCGUAGCAGUCACGGUGUUCAGUGGAGAUGGGAGUGCUUCUCCGGAGGUUCAUACGGUUCAAAUACCCGGACCCAAGCAAGCACGUCCUAAGGAUCUUAUUCACGCAUUAAGCGUGGCUUGCACUCUAGAAGAAAACGAAUAUCUGUUCGUUGUGGAGGUAUAUAAUAAUCGGAUCUAUCGUGUAAUUUCUGAAUGUCCCAGUGCUCCACUUUCACUAGCUAAUGGGGAUCGUCUGGCUGCGUUUAGGCUAAAGUCGUUCCCUGGCAAAACAACGAAGCUUAUUCUUUACCAUGGCACUCUUGAGGAGACAAUAGGAAAGCAGUUUAAGCUUUAUGGUUCUCCACUUGUCACUGCCAUACCUGAAGCGGGGCUUAGUGAGGGUGCUGAGCUUUACAAUCUCGUUGCCAAGGUUGUGAGUCCGUUGAGGCGGGAAGCCGAAGUGAACAGUUCUCCGGAAGAUUGGCCAUUUCGUUUGUUUAUAACAGAUGACAAGGCCUCUACGGUGGAUCUGCUAAUAGACCCACAUAUGCCACUCCCUACGUUCAACUUUUCGCCGAGAGAACACAGAUAUUUGAUUUUAGUAUGGUCCCCAAGCGCUAAGGAUCAGUAUGGCUUCAAAGAGCUAGAGAACCUGGCUCCAGUAACUAUCCCCGAUUCAAGAAGGCGAGAACCAAUAUCCUUGUACGCUUGCCUAGAGGCAUUCAUGAGAGAGGAACCUUUGGGACCGGAUGACAUGUGGUUCUGCCCGAAAUGUAAAGAACACCGUCAAGCAAGCAAGAAGCUGGAUCUCUGGAGGUUGCCAGAGAUUCUGGUGGUCCACCUGAAAAGGUUCUCUUACAGUCGGUACUCAAACAAGCUGGAAACGCUGGUGGACUUCCCUGUGCACGACUUGGAUUUGAGCAAGUACGUAUCACACCGGACAGAUCCAUACGAGCUUUUCGCCGUGAGCAAUCACUACGGAGGCGUGGGUGGCGGUCAUUACACUGCAUAUGCAAAGUUGUGCAACGAGAACAAAUGGUACAACUUUGACGACAGCUGCGUUAAUCCCAUGAGCCCCGAUUCCAUAAAAACAACGGCAGCGUAUGUCCUGUUCUACAGGAGAAAGCGGCUCGGCACAAACCCAGCGCCAGAUCCUUGCGUAAGCCGGGGAGUAUCGUCUUUAAGCAUGAUAUAGUUUUUUUCUUAUUUUUUGGCGGAUUAUUAACAUCAGUCCAGUGAGGCCUUUUCAGCAGAAGCUAUUGAUAAUUCGGCUGAAAGCAAGAGUUAAACAAACAAGUGAUAAUAGAUUCUCCUUCCCA